AUUAAAGUUUUGAAUUUUGCCUAAAAAUACUUUAGGGUUACUAACAGGUUGGGAUGAUCCAGUAUAUAUUAAUCUUUAUUGGGAUAUGAAGUUACUGAUUAACAAAACAGCCUCACCGGGUCAAAAUGGAAUUGUACUUCCAGGAUCCAGUGCCAGAAUUAGCAAGGUGUCUGUGGUUUCUUUCAAAGUUUCUCCUACCAAGUAUCCACAGCCGAAUUAAAGAUAAAGAAGGCCACUGGAGUCUCACUGAUUAUCAGGAUGAAGCAAACAUUUUUCUUUCUGCUCUUUUUAAUGCUGAGGACAGCAGACAGUAACAGGGAGGAAGCUCUGCGUAUCAUGGACAGUGUACCUGUAAUUGAUGGACACAAUGAUCUACCCUGGCAGCUUCUGAGCAUGUUUAAUAACCAGUUGACUAAAGUGGACCUUCGUACCUUGAAUAACACUCACACCAACAUACCCAAACUGCGUGAGGGGAGGGUUGGAGGACAGUUUUGGGCAGCAUAUGUCCCCUGUGAAACCCAAGGAAAGGAUGCAGUGACGAGGACACUGGAACAGAUUGAUGUCAUUCAGCGAAUGUGUAAAGCGUAUCCUGACUUUUUGCUAGCUGAAAGUGUUGCAGAUAUAAAUAAAUCCUUCCAGGACAAUAAAAUAGCAUGUCUGAUUGGAGUGGAGGGCGGACACUCCAUAGACAGCAGCCUUGGGACACUGCGCACCUUCUACAAAUUGGGAGUACGAUAUAUGACACUUACACACAGUUGUAACACGCCAUGGGUGGAUAACUGGCUUGUUGAUAAAGGAGACGAACCAGCAAAAAGUAAUGGAUUGUCUGAUUUUGGAAAGAGUGUCAUCUGGGAAAUGAACCGCCUAGGGAUGAUUUUGGAUUUGGCUCAUGUGUCUAAGAAAACAAUGAUGGAUGCACUUCAGUUUUCCAAGGCACCCCUCAUCUUUAGCCAUUCAUCUGCUUUUAGCCUUUGCAAUCAUUACCGAAAUGUGCCAGAUGAUGUUCUGAGACUUGUGAAAGAUAAGGGAGGGCUGGUUAUGGUGAACUUCUACAAUGAUUUUGUGACCUGCAGUCAGCAAGCCAAUAUAUCAAGUGUGGCAGAUCACUUUGAUCACAUUAAAAAAGUUGCCGGAUUCGAGCAUGUUGGAUUUGGUGGUGAUUAUGAUGGAGUGCCCAGGGUCCCAGAUGGUUUACAAGAUGUUUCUAAGUACCCAGACCUGGUGGCUGAACUCCUGAAAAGAGGAUGGAGUGAAGCAGAACUCAAGGCAGCGCUAGCCAAUAACUUACUGCGUGUGUUCGAGGGUGUUGAAAGGGUCCGGUCACAGUUAGCUGCAGAGGUCCCCAACGAUGAACCUAUUCCAUACAAGGAAAUAGAGUCUGACUGCCGAACCAGCUAUGGUUACGAUAUUCCAAAUCAUGCAACUGGGGGACAACUACUGGGGAGAGCCAUGCUUCUACUGUGUUUGUUUUACAGUUUAGCCCUGUAAACAAAGAACAUGGGCCAUUCUGGAUCCACUUUGCCCCUCAUUGUAUAGUUAAAAAGCUCUUUCCUAUUAAUUAAACUUUAAAUUGAAGCCCUUCCAUUUACUUUAGAUACAGUGAUGUGCAGCAUUGAAGUGUCCAACCUGAACCUUGACAUUUCUCUUUCUAAAACAGGGAUGUCAAAUCUGCGGCCCUGCCAUGCUGAGCAGCAACAUCAAUCCCCCAUCUGACACACUAUAGUCUGAACACCCCAGCUCUAGCAGAAAAUGAUUAGUACAGUAGUUACAGAAUUAUAUAGGGAAAAAAAGCACAAUAUAUAAGAUGCACAAUAAAGUUUUUUUUUUUUUUUUUUUUAAUAAAAAUCCUGUGGUAUAUUUAUUAAGAAUAAAUCUAAUGACAGUAACAAGGAAGGACAUGUCUCUGUAUCUCAUCCAUGGCUGUGUCCCACUGUGGUUACAAUUAAAGGCAAAAAAAUGGAAAA